CGUCGCGUCUAGCGCUGUACCGAUUGGCUAGUUGACAUAGAGGACCUACUCGUUGGGUUUUGAACGCAAUCAACGCAAUCGUGUAAGCUGCGUAAGUUUGGACUGACUGCUGACUGCGCGGCAUUGUUUUCGUAAUGGCUUCACAAAAUGUUGACCCACUGGCCCAAGAAGAGCACGCUAAGAGCAGCGACGAGCUACGGAGGGUUGACUCCGGAAGGCAUUCGGUUGCAAAAAGGCUUCAACAGGAGCUGAUGACACUUAUGAUGGGUGGUGACAAGGGUAUUUCUGCAUUCCCUGAUGGUGACAAUCUUUUUCGAUGGAUCGGCACAAUACAUGGACCACCAGGAACAGUUUAUGAGAAAUUGGUGUAUCGGCUGAGGCUGGAGUUCCCUAGUGCCUACCCCUAUGAAAGCCCACAGGUCCGUUUUGAAACUCCUUGCUUUCAUCCCAAUGUGGAUGCUCAGGGGAACAUAUGUCUUGACAUCCUCAAAGAAAAGUGGACUGCUUUGCUAGAUGUUCGCACUGUGCUGCUCUCUAUUCAGUCAUUGCUGGCAGAACCCAAUGUGUCAAGCCCCCUGAAUGGCUAUGCUGCUGAGCUCUGGAGUAAUCAGGUCCUAUACAAGAAGGUGCUGCUGGAAAAGUAUGAGAAGAAAAACAAAAACCUGGAAUCUUAGAGUGCCACGAGUGGUCACCUCACUGGAGUUUCUCUGGCAAAAGUGCUUUUUUAUGGGUUUUAUGGGCAGGGGGACCAAGGCAGGCGAGGUGCAAAGUGUGCACUAUUCUUGGAAACAUGCAAGAGAGCACGAGCUGUAAGUUAUUUGAGCGCAUUUUGGAUGCACAAAAGUCUGUGCUGGUUUGUUGCCAGCAGAUGCAACUUUUACAUAUGAAAGAAGUCAUGAGUAGCAAAGGAGUCAUUUUUAUUUUUAUGUGUGCAAAUAAAGUUCUGUACAGUUGA